AUGGUGUUGUGUCAAAUUGAAUCGCAAUUUCUGCUCCUGUCAGCCAAGAAGAAGAAGAAGAAGAAGAAGAAGAAGAAGAAGAAGAAGAAGAAGAAGAAGAAGAAGAAGAACCAGGAUUAUUCGAUUAUUCCGGUGUGUGGCGCUUCUGAAGUCUCCGCGUGACGUGGCAACGUGGAGAUGAUCCAGAUGAGAUGAUAACCGAAAAGCUGGCGCGGUGAGUCAGUGCACAAGAAGACAAGAGGAGCACACUUCACGAUGCUUCACCAAGUUUUUUGUUGAACGAAAAGAGAGGAGAGGAUCUUGAAGAAUUGAAUUCAAGUAUCGCCGAAAAACAGAGAAAGGAUGGGGGAUGGGGAUGGGGCGAGCCUCUUGUGUUUCUUGCCCAAAUAUUUGUUGCGUCGUUGGCGCAGAAGGCGCCGUCGUCCGCCGUUGCAUACGGCCCCAUCAUUUUGUCCUCGUGUGCAUGUAUGCAGCAUCUCCUCGGGCCGCCCGUCCUUCUCUUCGUUUUCUCGCCUCGUCUACCUCGAAAUUGGCAUUGCGCGCGUUAGACCCCGCCUUGUCGACGGGAAGGCCCCGCCCCUCCCACGUCCCACGUCGGCGGCGCACCGGCUCAACCCACACAGGCACUCCUCGCGCUGGUCCUUGAAAGCGGAGCACCGGAUCGAGCAGCAGGAAGUCGUCAGGAUCGCCGUGUCUGCUGUCGGGAUGCCCGAUGACCUCCCAGUUCACCAAACUCUUCUCCUUUAUUCUGGCCAAUGUUCAUGAUCCGGCGGCUCCGGAUGAUGCAGGUGAGUCGGUUUUUCAAGUAAGAUCAUCUUGCUUAUAAACUUUCGUAAAGGUCGGCGGGUUACUAUAUAACUCUCACAUCGUCAUCAUGGCUUUUCUUGUUUUCAACUAGCGUCCAACUGCGUUAAUAACGAGUUAUUAAAAAUGAGAUUUCGUUCGGAGUAGGUUUGUAAAUAAACACUGGACAGAAGGAGGAGGAAGAGAAAAAACAGACAUUCAUUGAGCCUUAGGCCUCGCGUGCCAUCCGUUUAUAAAUCCAAUCCGCUAAUCUUCGUCUCGUUCGCUUCCCUAUCAAGAGACCUCCUCUUUUCCGUAUAUAACUUCGUAAUCGUAGUAGUCCUCACUUUCCGGAGCCCCCAAAGUGCUCCGCUUUCAUUGCCAAUCAUCAUCAGAAUCAGUAGGAUGAAUGCAUCAAUCUCAAAGUUGUGACAAGUGUGUUCGCUUCUCCAAACGUCUUGUUUUCCAGUCUCCGCUGUUAUUACACAUUCUUCAUAAUCGACACUUGCUACUCUGAGUUUUCCAUUCUUCCAUUUUUCUUUUUAAGUGGUUCCAGUGAGCAUUAACUGAAAAGAAGUCAUUCGGAAAAAAGCAACAUCUGACAUCAACUAAUCAGCUGAGCAUAUUCCCCUAAAAGAUGCACUCUGUCGCUGUUCGUCUUCGUGGGCCGUUUGCAUCAAAGAUGAAGAAUUAGUGGCGGCUGCUCGGAGCGACCGGAACUUUCAGCGGAACUCGGCGAACAAAGGCCCCGGCCGUCUGAUGGCUCCUAGUUUUCCCUCCCCAACUUCUUCUAAUUCUUUUCCAUAUCUUAUCUGGUGCACCCUCUUAGCCGUCGUGCGCCCCAGAAAACCCAUUCGGACGAGUCCAGAUUGUCUUCUUCUGUGGCCAGUGCAGAAGCGAACAAAAAGACACGCAAAGAUGCUUUCAAGACUUGUCACUCAUCCAUAGACCAGGCCGCCCUUCCUUCUAUAUCCCCCGGACCACUUCCAUUCGUCUCAGAAAUAUUUUCCUGGCCAUUCACUCACUUUUUCAUUCCUCCUCCCGCUCUCAGUUUCUGUUGCAUUCCAUCGUCUCAGUUUGGCUUUUUCCAAAAAUCAAGUUAUCCGUCCGGAUUGGUGCCCGCAGUCUGCCCGAAUCUUGCUCUUUUUGCAAGUGGUACCGAGUCGGCGACUUCGUCUGAUGGAUGGCGGCCGAUGUCCUGCAAAUUGUCUCUUAUCUCCUUGCUAAUGUGUCGGAUUUCAAUUCGGGUAAGUUUUUGCUCAGUUUGUAUUGUGGGACGGCUCCUGGGGACUAUCCAUCUUCGUAAAAGAUCACGGGAGAAGCGGGUCUUUACGGAGAAGCUCUCCAAAUUAAAGCUAACGUUGUUUUCCGAAGGGGUCGUUCUUAACAUCAGAAAAUAAUAAGUUCAUUUUUCUACGAAGUCUCGACCUUCCGAUUAGCUUCAUCUUCAGAGAGUUUGGGAUAAAGAUGACUUCACUUUGACGCUUUCCAAAGUUCAGACUGUAGCACUAUAGCUCCGAGCCUCCCAGAGCAGCAAAACCCAGCUCCCUAAAUUAACUGCUCCUCCGUUUUUCUUCCUGCUUUGCCCUUUUCUCUUGUCUCUUCUCCGUUCUUUACGAGUCUCUUAUAAUUCGAUUAGCCCCACUCAGCCCGAAAAAGACCAAAACGGAUUUCAUGCUCCGUCAAAUUUUGCUCAUUACUCAACCAGAAGACGAAUGAGCGUAGAGGGGACGGGGGGCAAAAGUUAAUGAGCUCCGCUGCGGCGCCGUCCGUUUUUCCCACCGCCUCAUUGCCCGAGCUUCGUCUUCUCAUUCCGGAUUGAAAUUCAAAUUGUGCGCGAGUCGCAGUUGUGUGGCUCACGAUGGCGUGUGCUCUCGGAAACGUCCCAAAAACAAGUUUAUCUGUCCAUCUCUCCUUCUCCUCAAUAUUAGUUUUGGCGCCCGCGGCCGAGAGACGUCUCCGUCUCUGAGCGAGAGAGAAACAGAGAAGUCCCCGGAGGUUUCCGCGGAAACUUAUUCGAGCACACCAGAAGGAGCACGGAGCACGAAAAAGAAGAAGAAGAAGAAGGCCUGUCAUGAUGAAUAUGCACCGGAAGCUUACAAAAAUAAUGACCUCUUUCUGCCGACUAUACAAUUUCCUGGUGUUCUUCCGCGCGAGCAGGAAAUUAAUUGCCACGUCACAGACACACCAAAUCCGUGUUUCGCUAUUUCUCCUCUCGCCAGCCCAAAGAAUAUACUUUUUUGUGUGAAAAGGUGGCCCCUGCAAUUUUUUGUGCACUUCCUGCCCGCUUUCUGCAAAGAUUCACUCUAUUCAAGUGUAUAUCACGCUGUGAUCUUUUCGACGUCGUCUUCUGAAGGAGAAGAAGAAGAAGAAGAAGAAGAAGAUGUGGGGAAGAGGAGUCUCCUGACGAUAUAUUGAAUAACUUGUUCUCUUUCUGACGCGCAGCAGCCUCUCCUCCUUUCCUGACGGACGGGGCUUAACUCGUUUUGUCGUCGAAGGUACACGUCGCGUCGGUCAUCUCUCCGGCUCCGCGUGCUCUUUUCGCGCAGAAAUUUCGACCCGACGGUUAUUCGAUUUGAUUGUUGUAUGUGAGAAGACGGAGAAUAAGAGAGAACGAAAGGGAGAAAGAAGAGUGAGUCACUGAAAAAAAUUCUGAAAGGUUGUUCUGUAAGGACUACAAGUUCACCAGAAUUGUCGAUAGAACAGGACGUAUUGUUGCUACACAAAUCUGGAAAUCGUGUUGAAUUGUUUAUUCACCGAGGCAAUCAUAGAGCAUUUCAUUUUUUCGGAAAUUCACGUAAUCCUCCGUUACCCAUUACUCGCAUUGAUCGGUUUGGGUUUGACGAUGUCGUAAAUGCGGCAGUUUGCACUAUCCUCUCCCAUCCCAAGGCAAUUGGGGCCGAGUGCGAAAAAAGCCAUAAAGCUGCAAUUUGGCCGUCUUCUGAUCCGCUGCUCUCCGUCUCAUUUUCGAAAUUAAACGCCACGAUUCCUCUUUGCGUUGGUCAUAAAUCUCGCGCGUUUCGCCCCGUUACCGAAGUGAUGAAUUGAGGGAGGGGAGGGACGAAAAAGUCGAAUUAGAAAAGAAGCGGCCGAGAGCAAUGAAUUGUUGGGGAAAGAAGUGCGAAGUGGGUGCUCGAGAAGGGACGAGCACCACUUGAAGCCAACCGCAUCGGCGGCCAGAAGCAAAAAAGAAAAGAAAGGUUUUCAGCACUUCGUCUACCAUGUUACUCCUGCAUGAGUCCCUAUCUCGAGGACCAUUACCCCUACAUAUCACAUUUGUAUCGAAAACCGCUCUCUUUCGACAUUCAUUGCGAUAAACACAGGUGAGGAGGACCAAGAGCAAUUAAAGAUGUUAAACCGAUAUAGUUUCAGCCUAGAUCAAAGUUACUUGUACUCGAAGAACUGUUCCGAUAUGUGCGUCACUCUUAGGAUCAACGAUGUCGUUGGAGGUAUUACUGACUCGAAGAAUGACCAAGAAAGUAUUUUGAUUGGUUUUCAGGGAGGCGGCGGCACGGCUACAUGCGGGGGUGUUUGUCGGAUCUGCACGGAUACAAUCACUCGUUGAUCAGGACUCUGGCGGAGAGACAGGGUUGUCUGGGUGAGUGAAAUGAAUUGGAAAAAUCAGACUUCUCAAAAAGGUUGAAUUUCUAGGCGUUACGUUAAACUAUGAAGUUGUUAGGUGCUCUCAAUCAGUUUCUAAACAUCUUUUUUCCAGACACGACGGCCCGUGAGCUGUUCCUGCCGACCGCUCAACGACAAGAACUGGAACCGUCACGUCUGUCGCUGUGCGCCUGCCACAGUAACCUGUGCAAUCUGUCCGUGUCGCCGCCGCUCCUCCUCAUCUUCCUCGCCGUCAUUCUCCUCCUGUUUCUGAUGCGUUGA